CCGCAGCCCCCGCGGCCGCCGCCUGCGCGCUGGGGAAACCGAGGCACGGCGCGGCCGGGAGGGGCUCGGCGGCACCGCGGAGCCUCUGUCCAGGCUCGCCCCCGGCCCCCGGUUGUGCCACCGGGACCCGCCGGGAUCCCGGGCUCGGCGUCGCACGUGUCGCCGCCGCCGGGCCAUGGUCAGCGGCGGCAGCGCCCGAGGGCAGCGGAGGCCGGGGGCUGGCGGCAGGCGUGGAGGGAAGCCCAUGGCCCCCGGACCCCCGGACCGGCCCCGGCCCCGGCCCCGCAGCCCCUGACGGCCCCGGGACCCCCCCGGGCAGCCCCGGGGAGUCGCAGCAGGUCGUUCCCGCGCCGCCGAGCCAUGCGGGAUCGCCCGGUGCUGUCGCCAGCAGAGCCAUGAGCAGCUGUCGCUACAAUGGGGGGGUGGCGCGGCCCCGGGGCCCCCCGAGCGCCGCCCGCACCCCGCAGCCACCGCACCGGGACCCGCAGCCGCCCUGCCCCAGCCCCCGCCUGCAGGUCGUGGUGUCCCGGCCCGAGCAGCCCGGGACGGCGGAGCCCGGCCCCGCCGCGGCCCCGCCGGGGCAGGGGGCGGCGGAGGAGCGGCGGAACCAGAACAUCGGCUACAAGCUGGGCCACCGGCGAGCGCUCUUCGAGAAGCGCAAGCGGCUCAGCGACUACGCGCUCAUCUUCGGCAUGUUCGGCAUCGUGGUGAUGGUCACCGAGACCGAGCUCUCCUGGGGGGUCUACACCAAGGAAUCGUCGUAUUCGUUCGCCCUGAAAUGCCUUAUCAGCCUCUCGACGCUCAUCCUGCUGGGGCUCAUUGUCAUGUACCACGCCAGGGAGAUCCAGCUGUUCAUGGUGGACAACGGCGCCGACGACUGGCGCAUCGCCAUGACCUCAGAGCGCGUCUUCUUCAUCGCGCUGGAGCUGCUGGUGUGCGCCAUCCACCCCAUCCCCGGGCAGUACCUGUUCACCUGGACGGCCCGGCUGGCCUUCACCUACGCGGCCUCGGUGGCCCACGCCGACGUGGACAUCAUCCUGUCCAUCCCCAUGUUCCUGCGGCUCUACCUGAUCGGCCGCGUGAUGCUGCUGCACAGCAAGCUCUUCACCGACGCCUCGUCGCGCAGCAUCGGCGCGCUCAACAAGAUCAACUUCAACACGCGCUUCGUCAUGAAGACCCUCAUGACCAUCUGCCCCGGCACGGUGCUGCUGGUCUUCAGCAUCUCCUCCUGGAUCAUCGCCGCCUGGACCGUGCGCGUCUGCGAGAGGUACCACGACAAGCAGGAGGUGACCAGCAACUUCCUGGGGGCCAUGUGGCUGAUCUCCAUCACCUUCCUGUCCAUCGGCUACGGGGACAUGGUGCCACACACCUACUGCGGCAAGGGCGUGUGCCUGCUCACCGGCAUCAUGGGCGCCGGCUGCACCGCGCUGGUGGUGGCCGUGGUGGCCCGGAAGCUGGAGCUGACCAAAGCCGAGAAACACGUCCACAACUUCAUGAUGGACACGCAGCUCACCAAGCGGGUGAAGAACGCCGCUGCCAACGUGCUCAGGGAAACGUGGCUCAUCUACAAGCACACCAAGCUGGUGAAGAAGAUCGACCACGCCAAAGUUCGGACCCACCAGCGUAAGUUCCUCCAAGCCAUCCAUCAAGCUCAGAAGCUGAGGAGUGUGAAGAUGGAGCAGCGCAAACUCAACGACCAGGCCAACACCCUGGUGGACCUGGCCAAGACGCAGUCGGUGAUGCUGGAGCUGCUCUCGGAGCUGCAGGAGCGCCACGAGGAGCUGGGCCGGCGCCUGGGGGCGCUGGAGGCGCAGCUGGAGGCGCUGGGGGGGCUCCUGCAGGCGCUGCCCGCGCUGCUCGGCCGCGCCCUGCGCCAGCCGCCGGCCCGGCCCGCCCCGGGGACAGCGCCGGGGACAGCGCGGGACGCCACCGCGCCCUGCAGCCCCCGCCACGGCAGCAGCGACAGCGCCCGGGACAGCGACAGCGCCCGGGCCGCCUCGGACAGCGGAUGA